AUGGAGCUGGUAGAUGAGCCAGUAGAUCAAUUAGCUGUUUUGAUACAUGAGCUGAAGCACGAUGACAUUCAACUGUUGAGGGCUGUGCUGUUCUUGGAAAUUUGUUGGAGCCCUAGGAUUGUGUUGCACAUAUUCUUCCCGUCAUUGUCAACUUUAACCAGGACGGAUUUGGUUCCUGCAUAUGUGCGCUUGCUUCGGGAUAAUGAGGCUGAAGUACGUAUAGCAUCUGCUGCUAUAGUCACAAACUUUUGCUGGAUUCUUAAUCCAGAACUUGCAAUUCAGCAUAUUAUUCCCUGCAUGAAGGAAUUAUCAUCAGAUUCUUCCCAGCAAGUUCGGUCCGCUUUGGCUUCAUUUGUUAUGGGAGUGGUUCCUAUAUUAGGCAAGAAUGCAACAAGUGAACAUCUUCUUCCAAUAAUUCUUUCCCUUCUGAAGGAUGAAUUUCCUGUUGUGCGCCACAAAAUUAUCAGCAAGUUUGAUCAAGUCAUUCAGGGGGAGAAGAGGUAUUUCAUGUUUAAGGUGGGGAUAUCAUGUGUGAUUUUGAGCAUGAUUGUUUCUAUUUAUCUUGUGGAUAGAAUAUGUAUUAUUUUGGAUACUUGUCCUUGGAUCCAUUGCUACCAUAUAUCAUCAUAUUGUUCUGCUUAUUGCAAUAUCUUAUACAUGGAUGAUAUUUUUGUCUCUUUACUUGUUAAUUCUCUCUUAUUAUUCCUUUUCAUUUUUUGAUGAGUUUUAUUUGUCAAUUUGUAACAAGAAGGGGGGAGAAGUGUGCAUAUUUGUGGGGGAGAGUUUCUAGACUUGAGGGGAAACAUAUACAUUGAUAUAUUCAUAUUGAUAUAUGUUGUUUAUCUUUCUUGAUUAAGCUUCACGGGUAGCUUUGUUGAGCUAAUGUGCAGAUUACAUGUUCGAGAUGCUACAAGUGUUUUGAAGCUUCAUGUGGUUCAAGAACAGUUCCGUGUUUUAUUUCUUUGACAAUCAUUGUAAUUUGCUUUUUCUGCCGGGGUAGAUUACAUGUUUUUAGGGUUUUGUCACAAAAUUGCCAAAAAGGGGGAGAUUGGAAAUUAGGGUCAUGGUUGUUGAUCUACAAAGUUUCUGUAGAUGCACCCUACUGAAUAUACCUCUGUUGAGGAGAACAAAUAGGAAAUAAUUGCCAAAUGAAAGAAAUUUAGACAUGAUCCUACUAAUAUUUUCUGUUGUAAGGAGUUCUCUAUUUUUUGGUAAAUAUUUAUAUAUUUUCGGUAAA